AUGUCAUGUGCUACAAAGAAUGCUGUUACUAAUUGGAAUAAAUUUGUGAAUUAUCGAAUAAUAAAUCCUCGUACUGGUAGAUUGAUGGAUGAUUAUCCAUGCGAUAAUCCACAAAAUUUGACCUGCAAUGGUUUAUGCUAUAUUUUUCAAAUUAGUGGAAUCAGUAAGGUGGAUGGAACAAAACAACUUUAUGCAAUGGCACAAGGUUGUUCAGUUGGACUUUUCGACGGCGAAGUACGAUGCUUUGAUCGACCGAUCAUAAUGCUCGGCCGAGGUGGUAACUUUCAUUUAUACGGUCGUUACUGCUUGUGUAACGGUAAUUUGUGCAGUGAAAAAACGGAAAUAUGGAUUGAGCAUGGUCAAAAGAAAUUUUAUGCUCAAAGGCAAAAAGGCGGAUCAAUGAAUGGAAAAAGUUUGACAAAUGCUAUAGCAAUUUCAAUUAUUUCUUUGAUGCUAGCAAUAAACGGGUUAAUUUGA